AUGCCUCAGUCGGGUAAGACACGUUCCAAGACAGGCUGUCGGUCAUGUCGCAUGCGCAAGGUCAAAUGCGACGAAGAAAAACGACAGGUGCCAGGCCUCGACGAGCCGCAAUGUAGGCGAUGCUUGUCAGCGCGCAUAUUAUGCGAAUGGAAAGGUGGACCUAUUCCACGGAAGGCAACAAUUACAUCAGCCACCGUCACGAAGAAAGGCAGAGAGACAGCACACACGGAAAAGGCGGGCGAGUCCAGUCAGGUCGUUCGAAAUCAGCAGCAGCAGCCCAGCUCUUCCAGAGCGCCCUUGCUUCCCUUGGAGCGAUUCGAUGGCAAUAGCGAUCAACACGUGACCGCAGCCAACUCUUUGACUCUAUCGGGCUUUGACCGAGACUGUCUGAAUUAUCUCCAGAAUUCAACAUUGGUUGUCCUUCUCGGAAAACAGUGGCCUUGGUCUACAGUGUCUUAUGCUUACCAAAAGAUCUCGGUGAAAGAGCCGAUGGUCAUGAGCAUGAUACUAGCCACUACUGCAAGGGAGGUCCAUCGAUCUCGACUUUAUGACCAAGAAGCUUUACCUAGUAUUUCAGCCAGUAAUGAGUCCUGUGACUUGGGGGGACGAAUGCAUUAUGGCCGAGCUCUAUCGAGUCUGCGUCAUGCUCUGAAACAGGAUGUCAAGACUCCACAGAAAAUAGAGGCUAUUUUCAUCACUUUAUGGCUUAUGAUUGACUACGAGAACCGGUUCGGCAGUGGGGCACCCGCCAUCAAUAUUCAUAUUCGAGGCAUUGAAAGUCUGCUUCAUAAUCAUAUUGUGCCUUUGCUUCAAGAUCGACUCUCGAGCCAAACAACUACAUUUCAAUCCUCUUCUCUUUCAGCACUGACUCUCGAACCUGAGACAUUCCCCCAGCAGUCCUCACCCGAGGUGCAGUCAUCUACCGACUCACCAAUUACGAACGCCCCCUCGCCGGAGUUCUAUUCAGAGCCCAACUCACUAGACACGCUGCGAUGUACCUCUGUCCCGCUAUUCCUUCUUUGGACAUUAUAUUUCUUUACUCCAGCGGCGCUUUUCUUUGGACCUGGAACCGCACGACUGGACACCGAUAUUUUCCAAUUCUUUCUGGGUGCCGAGACUCCCACCACUGGUCCUUUAACUUUGCCCGAGCUUUAUCGGAUCAGCAGACAAUCACCUUCUCGCUUCUGGGGGGAGAGUUACCCCGUCUCUGCCCAAUUGGACGAUAUGGAAAAUCUGCCUGGGACCUCGAUCGCAGGAAGCUGCUGGGGGGUAUCCCCUUACCAACGCCUCAUUAACGAGAUCAAUACCUUGUCCAUUGAAUACGACACUUUGCUGACCUCCGCCAAAGUCGCCCAAUCUUGCGACUCGGUCGGUGAUGGCCGUCGUGUCAUGGAGACCAUCUACUGGGCCGCCAUCACAUUCUACAGCACCAUGGUAUACUUCCAUCUCUGCUUCCAGGAUACUUUAAACAAGAGUCCUGGCACUCAGGUCAACAUCAGCUUUAUGUCGCUCAGUGCUGCAGUGUCCCAUGUCUUGGAACUUAGUCUGAAGCUUCAUCGCACCCGACCCCGGCUUAUGGUGCGCAUUACCUGGCCGUUGUUUACUGCCGGCAUUGCAACAUCCGACCAGAUCUAUCAAGACUGGGUCUCCAUCCGUCUACGGGAACUGGGUCGGUAUGGACAGAACUAUGAUCGGAUCAGUCGGCGAUUUGACGAAAUAAUCCAAGGAGGUCAUCCCUAUGUAUAUGAAAGACAGGGUCAUUUCCUGACUUGUUAA